AUGUGGAAACAUAAUCUCUGUCGAAUAUUGUCGUCAAUUACACAUGAUUCGUGGAGGUCGAUAAUCAAGAUUUUAACAGUGGUUUUGAAUCCUGUCUUCUGCGAAGAUGAUGUACCUGAACCAGUGGGCUUGUUCCCUUUGAACUCACUGCAUACAACCAAAGACAUCAGUAAUAGUUAUCUGACAGCUGGCAUUGCUGUUGGUGUUAGUCUUGCACCAGGACCAGAUGAUAAACCAGGCGGGUCGUACUAUUUUCCAGGAAGUCCCGGCAGUUACAUUGACAUUCCAAAACAGCCAAAGCUUGAUACCAGGUACUCCAUAUCUAUAUUUGCUUGGAUCUACAACCAAGGAACUGCUGGCCCUAUCAUCAUCUAUGCCACGGGUACUAGUCAAUAUGCGCUACACAUGUUUAUUAAUAUAGAGCCAGCGAACUUUUUUUUCAGACUAACUGGAAGAGCCUUUACAUCCAAUACUGCACUAACUUACAAUCUAGUCACAGUCAACAACUGGAGAUACGUUGGGUAUACAUAUGACUACAACACGGGCUUGCAAAGGUUGUAUGUUGAUGGAGUCAAAGUUCGAGAAGGGAUUGUCCCUAAGCAAGAAAUCGCUACAAACCACAAGGUAAGAAUCGGUGGCAAUAAACAAGGCGAUGGUAGAGUAUUCAAAGGUCGCAUUUCGUGUGUUCAAAUCUACGACAAGGCAUUAACACAAGCACAAGUAUUAGCUGUCAAGAACAGAUGUCAAUAUAAGAAUGAACUGUAUUCUGCUUGUUUACAACACAUUUCGCUUAAUGAUCCAACGAGAGCAGUAGAAUACAAGGUCAGAAGUCAACCGGCAGAUAGACAGACCCUAGUUCGAAGACGAUGGUAUCGACUGAAAAGUGAAGCUGGGACAAGGAUAAUC